AUGACAAUCCGGCACCAGGGCCAGCAGUACAGGCCGAGGAUGGCCUUUCUCCAGAAGAUUGAAGCGCUAGUGAAGGACAUGCAGAGCCCAGAGACGGGGGUCCGAAUGCAGAACCAGAAGAUCCUGGUCACCAGCAUUCCUCACGCCAUGACAGGAAGCGAUGUUCUGCAAUGGCUCGUCCAGCGGCUCUGGAUCUCCAGUCUGGAGGCACAGAACUUGGGCAACUUCAUUGUCAAGUACGGCUACAUCUACCCCCUGCAGGACCCCAAGAACCUCACGCUCAAACCUGAUGGCAGCCUCUACCGAUUCCAGACACCGUAUUUCUGGCCGACCCAGCAGUGGCCAGCGGAAGAUACAGACUAUGCCAUCUAUCUGACCAAGCGAAAUAUCAAGAAGAAAGGGGUUUUGGAAGAACACGAAAAGGAAAACUACGAUUUCCUGAACAAAAAAAUCAACUACAAGUGGGACUUUGUCAUCAUGCAGGCCAAAGAGCAGUACAGGACCGGGAAGGAGAGGAAUAAAGCAGACAGGUAUGCCCUGGACUGCCAAGAGAAGGCAUACUGGCUGGUCCACCGAAGCCCUCCAGGAAUGAACAACGUGCUGGACUAUGGCCUGGAUCGAGUGACCAAUCCGAAUGAAGUUCAGGUAAACCAGAAACAAACAAUCACUGCUGUCAAAAAAGAGAUCAUGUAUUACCAACAGGCCUUGAUGAGGUCCACGGUGAAGUCUUCGGUGUCCCUUGGAGGGAUUGUCAAAUACAGUGAGCAGUUCUCGUCCAAUGACGCCAUCAUGUCAGGCUGCCUCCCCAGCAACCCUUGGAUAACAGAUGACACUCAGUUCUGGGAUUUAAAUGCCAAAUUGGUGGAAGUUCCAACCAAGAUGCGUGUGGAACGGUGGGCCAUCAACUUCAGUGAACUGAUUCGAGACCCCAAGGGGCGCCAGAGCUUCCAGUACUUUCUCAAGAAAGAAUUCAGUGGAGAGAACCUGGGCUUCUGGGAAGCCUGCGAGGACCUCAAGUACGGAGAUCAGUCCAAGGUCAAGGAGAAAGCGGAGGAGAUUUACAGGCUCUUCCUGGCCCCCGGGGCGAGGCGGUGGAUCAACAUCGAUGGCAAAACCAUGGACAUCACGGUCAAGGGGCUGAGGCACCCCCACCGCUAUGUGCUGGACGCAGCGCAGACCCACAUCUACAUGCUCAUGAAGAAGGAUUCCUAUGCUCGCUAUUUGAAAUCUCCCAUCUAUAAGGAAAUGCUGGCCAAGGCGAUUGAGCCUCAGGAAACCACCAAGAGAAGCUCCAGCCUCCCGUUUAUGCGGCGUCACCUGCGCUCCAGCCCGAGCCCCGUCAUCCUGAGGCAGCUGGAGGAGGAAGCCAAAGCUCGAGAAGCGGCCAACACGGUGGACAUCACCCAGCCUGGCCAGCCCGCCGCGCCCAGCCCCCACCUGGCCGUAUACACGGGGACUUGCGUGCCCCCCUCUCCUUCCAGCCCCUUCUCCUCCUCCUGCCGCUCCCCCAGGAAGCCCUUCCCCUCGCCAGGCCGCUUCAUGCGGAGGCCCAGCAGCACCGUCUGCCCCUCGCCCAUCACGGUGGCCUUGGAGGGCUCGGAGCAGAAGGGCGAGGCCGGUGGACCCUCCGGCCUCGGACCUUCCAACACAGACACCAGUGAGGCCUCCGCCAACGGCCCCUGGCCCCGGCCUCCGCCCAGGGCCCCCCUCAAGUCCCGUGUGGCCCUGUCCUUCAGCAGUUUUCUGAGACGAGGCUGUUUGGCCUCCCCCGUCUUUGCCAGGCUCUCGCCCAACUGCCCCCCGGUGUCCCAUGGGAAGGUGCAGCCCCUGGGAGAGGUGGGCCAGCAGCUGCCACGGCUGAAAUCCAGGAGAGUGACAAACUUUUUUCAGAUUAAAAUGGAUGUGCCUGUGGAGAGUGGCACCUACCUGAUGGACUCGGAGGACACGGGACCGGGGACCUCGGGUGACCAGGCCAUCAAGAAGGAGGUCAUCUGCCCCUGGGAGAGCCUGGCCUAG